ACUGGAGGCAGCCGCAGCCGCAGCAGCAGCAACCACAGCUGUGAGGCCAGCCGCCGCCCUGCCCUGCCAGCUCCCGCCCAGCUCUCAUUGAGAAAAGGGGAACAGAAGCAGGAGGAGGGCGAGGAGAAGCUCCCUGCAAACCCCCCAGCCUCCUCCCGCACAGCCUCCCCCUACACAGCCUCCCGGAGGAGGCGCUGGAGGAUUCUGACGUGGUGAUUCCUGGGGAGGUGGAAGACAGAAGGGAAAGCCCCGCAGAGAUCAUCAAAGGCUGAGGAGCGCUGUGAAAGGAGCGGGAGGGUCCCUCUGCAAGGGCUCCAACAGGCACUGAAACAUGUCAGCUUUCUGGAAAAGGUGCCAGGCUUCUCCUCCCCUCUUGCUCAGAUGAAGGGAGCCAUCAAGGACUGUCCUGAAGUGUUCCAGAGGGGCCUGAGGCCCCUGGCAUAGGGCUCUUUGCUGACUUCCCCAAAGGAAUCUCAGUCCAGCUGAGAAGAUAGUCCUUAAUAAAACAAAACCAAACUAAACAAUUCCUGCUGAUCAAAUGGGAGGUGAAGCUUGCUUGCUGCAGUACUUUUCUGUGAUCUUUUGAAAUGUCUGCAAAAACCUAAAAAAAAAAUCUAAAAAGCUCCUUGGAUUAGAGAAAAGUAAAAGAAGGAGACUUCUUUUCCCCCAGAAAGGAGUAAAUGAGAAUUGGUGACAUACCCUUGAGCCAGGACCUGGAUAAUUAAAACCCUGGAGUUCUACUGAUCAGCACUUCACCCUCACAAAUAAACAAACAUGCGAAGGAGUGACUGUGGAGUUCUGCACUGAGGCAGGUUUUAAAGAAGGCUGAACUGGAGUGGGGUUAGAACGUGGGGCCUAUAUGAUGCCUGAAGAUCGAAAUUCUGGGGGACGCCCCUCAAGUGCCUUAACAUCAACUCCUUUCAUUCCUAAAACGACAUACAGAAGAAUCAAAAGAUGCUUUAGUUUUCGGAAAGGCAUAUUUGGGCAGAAACUAGAAGACACUGUCCGUUACGAGAAGAGAUAUGGGAACCGCCUUGCGCCCAUGUUGGUGGAGCAGUGCGUAGACUUCAUCCGGCAGAGGGGGCUGAAAGAGGAGGGCCUCUUUCGCCUUCCAGGCCAGGCGAAUCUUGUCAAGGAGCUCCAGGAUGCCUUUGACUGUGGAGAGAAGCCAUCAUUUGACAGCAACACUGAUGUGCACACGGUGGCAUCCCUCCUUAAGCUUUAUCUCCGAGAACUACCAGAACCAGUUAUUCCUUAUGCCAAAUAUGAGGACUUCUUGUCAUGUGCCAAACUGCUCAGCAAAGAAGAGGAAUCUGGUGUGAUGGAAUUAGCAAAGCAGGUGAAGAGUUUGCCAGUGGUGAAUUACAACCUCCUCAAGUAUAUUUGCAGGUUCUUGGAUGAAGUACAGUCCUAUUCGGGCAUUAACAAAAUGAGUGCACAGAACUUGGCAACUGUCUUUGGUCCUAAUAUCUUACGCCCCAAGGUGGAAGACCCACUGACCAUCAUGGAGGGUACUGUGGUGGUCCAGCAAUUGAUGUCAAUGAUGAUUAGUAAACACGAUCGCCUCUUCCCUAAAGAUACAGAGCUUCAAAGCAGGCCCCAGGAUGGAAUAAGUAACAAUAACGACAUUCAAAGGAAAGCCACCGUGAAUCAGAUGCAGAACAAGGAGAACAAUAACACCAAGGAGAGCCCGGGUAGGCAGUGCUCUUGGGACAAGUCUGAGUCUCCACAGAGAGGUAGCAUGGAUGAAGGAUCCCCCACAGCCUUGUCAGGCAGCAAAACCAACAGUCCAAGGAACAGCGUCCACAAGCUCGAUGUCUCCAGGAGCCCCCCUCUCAUGGUGAAGAAGAACCCUGCCUUCAAUAAGGGGAGUGGAAUCGUCACCAAUGGCUCUUUCAGCAGCAGUAAUGCAGAAGGUCUGGAGAAGGCGCAAACCACCCCAAAUGGGAGCUUACAGGCCAGAAGGACCUCUUCGCUGAAAGGAUCUGGCACCAAAAUGGGCACCCACAGCGUCCAGAAUGGAACGGUGCGCAUGGGUAUUUUGAACACUGAAGCACUUGGAACCCCUGCGAAUGGCCGCACCAUGAGCUGGCUGCCCAAUGGCUAUGUCACCUUACGGGACAAUAAGCAGAAGGAGCAAGGUGGGGAGUCGGGCCAGCACCACAGGCUCUCCACGUACGACAACGUCCACCAGCAAUUCUCCAUGAUGAACCUGGAUGACAAACAGAGUGUGGACAGCGCCACCUGGUCCACAUCUUCCUGCGAAAUCUCCCUCCCCGAGAACUCCAACUCCUGUCGCUCCUCCACCACCACCUGCCCAGAGCAAGACUUUUAUGGGGGGAAUUUCGAAGAUCCUGUGCUGGAUGGACCUUCCCAUGAUGACAUUUCUCACCCUGGGGACUACGAAAACAAAAGCGACCAUAGGAGUGUGGGAGGUCGAAGUAGUCGUGCCACCAGCAGCAGUGACAACAGUGAGACAUUUGUGGCUAACAACACCAGCAACCACAGUGCAUUGCACAGUUUAGUUUCUAGCCUGAAACAGGAAAUGACCAAACAGAAGAUAGAGUAUGAGUCCAGGAUAAAGAGCUUAGAACAGCGAAAUUUGACUUUGGAAACAGAAAUGAUGAGCCUCCAUGAUGAACUAGAUCAAGAAAGGAAAAAGUUCACAAUGAUAGAAAUCAAAAUGCGAAAUGCCGAGCGAGCAAAAGAAGAUGCUGAGAAAAGGAAUGACAUGCUCCAGAAGGAAAUGGAGCAGUUUUUUUCCACAUUUGGAGAGCUGACGGUGGAACCUAGGAGAACCGAGAGAGGAAACACGAUAUGGAUCCAGUGAGCCUGCUUUCUCUGCCAUCCCUGACAGCUCUAGAAAAGACUGGAGAUUUCAAUGGUCACCCACAUGGUACCAGGUGGCUGGUCACCUGGCUGUUCAGAGUGCUAACUGGUCAAGGAGUAUCAUUUAUAGACAUUAACUAUCCAUACCUGCAGUGUGUACCAAAGUUAUAUCAUCCUUCAUAAUGCUACUGUCAAGUGUUACAACUGGAUAUGUGUAUAUAGAGUAGUUUUGAAAAAGUGAACUAAAAAUAAGAAGCAUAU